AUGAACUCCGCCGUGAACGCCUCUCCUUCAGUGACGGUGUCGAAUUUGUCUGCACCCCCGCCGAAUGAGUGCACCCCGAUGCUGCGGACACGUCCAGGGCCGAUGGAAACGGAGCCGAUGCUGCGGCGGGAGGGGCAGGAUGAGAUGCCCUUUUGGGAGCGUGUUUCCUCCCCACUUCACCCGGUGUUUCGUAAGGUACAGGAGCACUGCCAUUACGAGUGGGUGGCGGCGUUGCUUUCUGCCAUCAUGUUAUUAACUCUUUUUGUUUUUAUCUUUUAUUUAGACACAUCGCCCAGGCCAGAGCACUGUGUGACGCCGUUUGGGUACCUCUUGGGGGAAAGUAGGGGCGUAAAAGCCUUUAGCAACUGCAACAGGGAUUAUCGAAACGUGGAGGAACACUUUGUGCUUGUC